CAUACAGGGGAGAAAUGGUUUAAAUGCAUGGAGUGUGGAAAGCCAUUUAAUCGUCGCAGUGAUCUUAAAAGGCACAAAAUGAUCCACACAGGGGAGAAGCCAUUUAAAUGCAUGGAGUGUGGAAAGACGUUUACUCAUGGGAGUGAUCUUAAAAGUCACAAAAAGAUCCACUCCGGAGAGAAACCAUUUAAAUGCAUAGAGUGUGGAAAGGGCUUUGCUCGAAGAGCUCAUCUUAUUUCCCAUAAGAUGAUCCACACAGGAGAGAAACCAUAUAAAUGCAUGGAGUGUGGAAAGACCUUUGCUCAGGACAAAUGGUCAUCUUACUUCUCAUAAAAGAAUCCAUACUCAGGAGAAACUAUAUAGCAAUAG